AUGAUUUCACUUCUACUCAUCUUUCUAGUUAUUCCAGGAAUUUUCGGAGAACAAUGUUUAACUGACCAAUGGCCUCCAAAGCCGGAGCGGACUGUACCAACGUAUGUUGUCAAUUUGGAUAAUCCGCCUAUGGAACGUUGGAAUCAAGUUGUAACUGCAUUCAAGAGUGAAAUUAUCGACAUCCUUACUUUCUUCAAAGCCUACAUCAUCGAGAUAUCGCCUAAUCUAAAAUUUCUCUUAAUUUCUUGUUGA